AAACGCAAACAGUCAAGUGUCAAACACUCGUAGACUUAAAAACCAAAACCCAAUCGAUGAUUUUAUUGACCAGCCUCCUAAGGAAUUUGCUGCUAUUAAGUUUUGGCUCUGAACCUCGUCUUCUCCUCGCCCCAUUUCGUACCCAAAAAAAACCCUAAAUUCCACCUCCCUCUUCUUCUUCUUCCUCCUCCUCCUAGGGUUACCGUUACCCAAUAAUCCUGACCCUCCAAUCUCACAGUCAAAUGCGAGUUCAAUGGCAAUGAAGCGAGACCAACCCGACCUCGAGAAGCGACUCUGCGGCGUCUGCGGCUCCACAGAGCGGUGGUUCCUCCACUACGUCCGCCACAGAGGACAUUUUCGUAAGCUCUGCACCAACUGCGUCCUCAAGAACAACCCAGGCCUCUUCUGCCCUAUCUGCCUCGACUUCUUCGAGCACCCCCUUCCGGCACGUGACCAGGUCAUGUGCGUCCGGUGCCCUUCCAUCUCUCACUCUGCCUGCGUCGCAGCCAAUUCCUCCUUCCGCAGCUUCCAGUGCCCUCCCUGCUCCCAGCCCACCUUCUCCUUCUUCAACCUCACCCGCCAAAACGACGGCCAAGACGCCAAAACGGCAGUCGUCAUCGACAAGGACGCCGCCAAGGCCCUCGUCGCCGCCGCCAGGAUCGCAGCGGCUUUGAUGACCAAAGCCGCCGUCGCCGCCAGGGUUGACGCCGAGCGCCGGGUCAAGGAAGCCGUCGUGGCAAAAAAGAAGGCCAGAGAGGCCUUGGAACGAUUCACAUCUCUUGUCAAUAAGGAAAAGGAGAAGGAUUCGAAGAGUGGAGGCGUUGUUUCGGCGCCUGAGAGCCUCAACGCGAAGCCCAAAUUGGAGGGUCCUGGGCCAAUUCAAGUGGCGCCCAAGAUUUCUGAGCCUGGGGGAAGUAAUGGGUUGAAAAACAGUCAUGCGGAUCCUAUGGAAGAAGACUGAUUUGAGAUCAAGGAGCUUGAGCUUCAUGGGUUCAUGGUUCGUAGUUUAAGUUUCUUUUCAUUAUUUGAUGAUACUCAGCUUUUGCUAUUUAGCUUCAGCCUCAGCUUCUACACAGUCUUCUGGCAAUCUGUGAGUCUCUUUGUUAGUUGCUGUUGGUUUUUCUUUUUUAAAUUUUUACGCGGCCGCCCUUGGCACUUUUGCAGAGAUGAUGUUUACUUUCCCAAGCUGAUGAUUCUCUGGGCCCCUUUGUAUCUACAUUGUCCUUCUUUGCCAUAAUCAGAAAUUGCAUUUUCUAA